GGCAGAUGGCCACGGACUACCGGUCGGCGUGGGGAACGGUUACUGGUAGGCGGUGACAAUGGCAAGUGCGGCCAAGCGGUCGCCGGCAGUACAACGGGGAGGGAUGCUAUCUCCGACGCUUGCCGCAUAUCGGAAUUCUGGCCACUGGCAGGAGGAACGUAUUGGGCGCGAGGAAGGAGGAGAGGCAGCUCUGACAAGAGCACAGCCAGAAGCCGCCGCGCUCAGAAGCAAGGCACAAACAGGAAUGGAUAAGGCGGUCGGGACGGAUACCUUUGAGCGCCGGGUUUUCCCGCCAAAGGAGAUGCUGAUCGAGGGUAAGAGACAUGGCUCUGAAGAUUGGCAUUGCUUAUUCAAAGGUUGGGAUGUGCAGAGCGGUGAGCAAAUCCUUGAACUCUUUGCCAUCAGGAGCUUGUGGCAGUCUCCAUCUCCAUCUCCGUCACUGUCACCGUCUUCGCAGCAGACAAGAGAUGAUGUGGCAGAGGACUCCAGGUUCUUGCAUAUGAACACUAUUUUUGGCGCCAAUUCGGAGCUGCAAAGAGUAGACGGCCCUUUUGAAAUCAAGUUCGAUGACGAGGGGAAGGAGCUUAUCCAUUCCUAUUUCCCGCAAAAUAAGCUGUACGUUCUUCCCGGGCGAAUCUUGCUUGCAGGGUCUUAUCCUCUGGACAGUACACGAAGCCAAACCACAGAGGUGGGGGGGAAAGUUGGGGUUUUUGAAAAAGAAGCAGCCUUACGGGUGCUGGGUAAAGAUUGGCGUGGAGGGAAAGAAGAGGGAGGGGGGGAGAAGACGAAGAAAGGAGAGAGAGAGUCGAGAGAGGAGGAGUCCGCUUCACCUCCCUCAGCAGCAGCAGCAGCAAGUUCCACUUCCGGGAGUUCUCCUUCGAUGGCCCCUCCUGCAUCUGACCCGCCGUUUGUCAGGCAGGGACUCGAAGUCGCUAUCCCGCGUCGGGAUAGCAGGAUCGGGAUAGUUUUACAGUACAUCAACGGAAAAUGGACAAAAGUAUUGUUCGGCCGGGAGACGAAACGGCACACGCGGACGGAGUACGUUAACCCUAGGGUGGGCAGUGGGUUGGAGGAGGUGGAGGAGGAGGAGGAGGAGGAGGGAGAAAGAAAGGAGAAGGAGGAGGGGGAGGAGGGGAGCGGCCAUAGCCAAGGAGAAGAAAGAGAGAAAGCGGCAAGAGAGGGGAAGCAGAACGCUUGCAGCCCCUGGACUUGCCAGGAUACCGAGACGAUCUCGAUAGCAGAGGUGGGGGAGCUUCCCGCGUACCUGAGAGAGAAAGCGAGAGAGGAGCUCUCCUUGGAGCCUGGCUUUGUCCUGACUCGCAGAACAUCAUACGGGUUGCGGACUUCACAGGAAGCGACACGUGGCCGUAAUGCUGAUGACCGUAAUCAGCAUGGAGGCGAGUCCAUGACUGACUCGCCGUUAGGUGGUAGGUCGAUGAUCGAGGAGCCAAUCAAACAGGAAAGAGGAGGAGAAGGAGGAGGAGGAGGAGGAGGAGAAGGAGGAGGGUGGAGGGUGGUUAGGCUACCAGAUAAUGUGUCCGUCUACUCCCCCGUUUCUUAUUCCUUAACGGAAACAAAACCGUUUGACAUAGUGAUAGAGUGGGCGCUGCCGGAGGGGACUACCUCCUCCGCUGGCCUUUCCAGCCGCGAAGUGAUGAGCUUGACCUUGAGUAUUGGGGGCAACUUGAAAUCACAGAAAUUUCGAGUCGCCUAUCACUUAGUCCCACCCUCGUAAUUUAGAAACAGAAAUAAAGAUGAGUUAAAAAAAAAAUAAAGGGAGCAGCAGCUCAGAAGGUCCUCUUUUUUUUUUUUUUUUUUUUUUUUUUUCAAUAGAGAAAACAUGUAUUCCCUUCCUAGUGGGAGGAAACUAUGCCCGCAGGGGUCCCCCGUAUAGCCUUAUUAGGAGUAGUAGUGGGUAGGAAGUGAAAGGUGAAAUUGAGAAAAGAAUAUAGCCUAGUUUUGAAAUGAGAAAAAAGGGAAAAAUAAAUUGCGUCGGAUCCU